CCCGUUCAUUGGAUUGAUAUUAUUUCAGCUGUAAUUAAUUAAAUUCCGAUCAAAAAAAAGUAAAGAAAUCUUGAGUUAAAAAAUGUUUCGAGCAAUUCUUAUCUCCUCGUUUCUUGCCCUUGCCGUCGCGCAGGUGCCAUUCAUCCACUUGUACAGUUUGUACGACAGCGUGGGUCCCUUCAACAUGUACUCGGAAAGGGACAUCCCAGACUUGACGAAGUACGAGUUGUUUUACGAGGGCAGUGAACAGAAUCCAGACUAUAUUUAUUGCCUGCAUGGAAAUUGGAUUUUACACGGAGCGGAAAAUUACACUACAGGGAGUGGAUAUUCAUACAUUUCCGAGUGGGAAUGGGAGACUUCCGGCUGUGUCAAAUCGUUUACAGGAUCUCGUCCAAAAUCCCUGAGAAUGACAGGAGUACCCGGAUCGAUAAACGCACCGAGCAUUAAUUUCUACCCGGGAGCUGACUUCGAGGGAGAACAUACCCUCGUGUCUGACGACCUCCCGGAUGUGGACUUUACCUACCGAUCUGUUAUAGUCACCGGUCGCAGUUCUUAUUGGCUGCUGUAUCCAGCCGUUAAUUACCUCGGUUUUCCUGCCUGUGUGGAUAAUACGAAUUAUAAUACCUCCUCGAUAAGAGUGAGGUCUGUUAAGAGACACACGGAAAGGUGCCCCUGCCUCUUUUGUGACAAGGUGGAACAGAAACAGCCAAACAUUGUGCGAGUUGCUAAACCCGUUUGAAAUCAUGAUAAUGUAAUAUCAAUUGAUGUAAAUGUAUAUGUAAAAUAAACAAAUGCACCUUUGUUAAAUAUGUGUUUAACAGUACAAAAAUAAAAUACAAACGAUCAAUAUUGUCGAAUUUUAGCGUUAAUAUAAAUCAUUAAAUAUGUGUGGAAGUUUUAGACAUUCGAUUAGAAUCAUAUAUUUCUAGAGACUGAUUUGUUAAUCAUGAUCACGAUUUUUUAUAACCUAUGCUACAUAAUAAGAUAAUAUGUGUUACAGCAUUCUUGGUUAAAUGUAGGCCAGAUGUUAACUAAUAAUAACUCUCAAAUAUUUGUUAAAUUCUAACCCAGAUAAUUUAACAAUAUGUACUUCCAAAUAAAACUUCAGCUCGAUUGAGAGAUUUGACAAA